AUGGUGCGCGGGGGGGACGGUGUGUGGUCCUCGGUGGCGGACGAGAAGAAGAAGGGGAAGGAGACGAAGGUGGUGGUGCUGUGGGACCUGGACAACAAGCCACCGCGCGGCCCUCCCUACGAGGCCGCCGUCGCCCUCCGGCAGCUCGCCGGUCUCUUCGGCCGCGUCCUGGAGGUCUCCGCCUACGCCAACCGCCACGCCUUCCUCCACCUCCCGCAGUGGGUCCUCGAGCAGCGCCGCGAGCGUCGCCAGCUCGAGCAGAUGGAGCGAAAGGGCCUCUCCCCCGCCCCCGCAGAUCCCUACGUCUGCGGCGUGUGCGGGCGCAAGUGCCGCACCCACGCCGACCUGCGCAAGCACUUCCGGCAGCUUCACGAGCGCGAGCGCCAGAAGAAGCUCGCCCGCAUGCGCUCCCUCAAGAGCCCCAAGAAGCGGCGCAGCUACAGGGAGAGGUUCAUCUCCGGCAACGCCAAGUACGAGGAGGCCGCGAGGGACCUGCUCAAGCCCAAAGUAGGGUACGGCCUGGCCUCGGAGCUGCGCCGCGCGGGGGUGUUCGUGAAGAUGGUCGCCGACAAGCCGCAGGCGGCGGACGCGGCGCUGAAGCGGCAGGUGCACCACUCCAUGGCCAGAGGGGUCGACUGGCUCUUCCUGGUUUCCGACGACUCCGAUUUCUCGGAGAUGCUGCGCAGGGCGAGGGAGGCCGAUCUGCGCACGGCGGUGGUCGGCGACGGGAGGACGGCGCUGAGCCGGGAGGCCGAUCUCUGGUUCCCGUGGACGGGGGUGGAGAAUGGAGAGGUGGGCGAGGAGAUGGCGCUCAGGGGCCGGCCGCUGGUCGCCGGGGAGAUGGAGCUUUCCUUCUCCUUCUCGGAGAGGGAGGAGCCCCCCGAUCCGCCGCUGCGGAGCGACUGGAGCGAACUGGGCAGCGUCGUCGAUGAAAUUGUGUCUGGAAGAUCGGGCAGAGGCAGUCGCAGAGUGUCCAUGUUCUCAGACGAGGAGGAGCUCAAACUGAGCGAUGGAGAUGACCUCGACGACGACGACGACGACGACGAUUUCUUCCGCCUGUAUGGAUCGACUGUCGUCCCCAGAGAACAGCAACAUCUCAUCUGGGACAGCGAGGACGAUGAAGAAGACGACGGGUACGUUUGA